AUGGAGGGCUGCUGGACCGAGACCAUCAGCCUGGAGCAGAGCUCCUUGUUCCCAACGCUGCUGCAGCUCUCCACCGAAGAGAUUAUUGCUAUUUGGGACGCCGUGUCCAAUUACAUCCUGGAAGAGCUGAUGCAGGACAAGGGUGUGCUGCUAGCGGGGCUCGGCACCUUCUGCACGGUCCGGGAGCCACUGCGCCCUGGCAAAGACAACGUGGUGACAGUUCGAAGGCCUGUGUUCCAGCUGGAAAUGGACAUGGUCUGGCUGCAGAGGCUCCAGCAUCCCAAAGUGACUCUGCCUGACAACGUGAAGAUCAAGCCGCUGAAGUACCGGCAGCUGUCCCUGGCCACCUCCUUCUCGAGGCGCGUGGUGGAAGACUGCGUGCAAGAGACCAUCCGCUUGUUCUCUGCGCACGUGCGCAACAAAGAGAAGGUCGCCUUUGCCUUCAGGGACGUCGGCGUUCUGACUUGCCAGGAAGACAAAGUGCACAUGAGCUUUUAUGCCCGCUGCACCCGGUGGCUGGCGGACCCCUGCAGUAAAGCCUGGCAGUGUUAUCAGCCGAGCUCUGUUCUUUGCUGUGCAGCUUCUCCGCACCGGCAUGAGGGGCUAAUGUUCUCGGCAGAGAGCUUAGAGGAGGCUUUGGAGAGGCGGCCUCCUCUUGUGGCAGGAGAAUGCUCUGCUGCCUUCAGCAGCAAGGCGAGAGCUGCCUUGGAAGCCUCCCAAUGGGUCUGUGUUACAUUGCAGAGACUGCCUACGAUAGAUCUCUCCAUCUCCGGCACACCUGCUGCCCUGGGGACCCGGCCUAGCCCUCUGCAUGUGUUCCCGAGGUUUCAGCUUGCUGUGCAAGGCAGCGUGGAGGCCCAGGCUGCCCCCACCGGCUGCCCACAGGGGAAGGAGCAGGAGCUGGAAGAAGAGCUUGGGGCCGUCAGGAGCAGCAAAGAGAGGCGUCCUGGCAAGCUCCUGCCGCACCGCGAGGAGCUUUCUCUCCCCGUGCUGCCAAAGUGGGGGGAAGGCGCGAGGCGGCAAGGCAUGGAGAGCAAGCCUGCUGCCAGGACCCUUGUGAACCAGACGGCCCCCAUCCCGGGCACCUCCCCGGGGAAGCAGGUUGGCGUGCAAUACCUCCCGCACCCUCCCGCCGGACCUCGGCGUGGCCGUGCCGGCGCCACUCCCAGGGGUGCAGCACAGGAUGCAGCCUGCCCUCCCACGCAGAGGUUUGGAAGAGCUGCCCACGUCUCCCUCUUGAAAGAGGAGCAGAGGCAGCACCAAGCAUCGUGGGAGGAACAGCAGGCCGCACUGGAGAAAGAGGCCUGGCGUCAGGCCCAGGCAAGCGUCCGCACAAGCAAAGCAGAACAUGCAGCUUCUGACUUCCUACAAAGUUCUUCGGGACAGGUGGAAGGAAAGGGUGGAAAGAAACCGACAGAGGCUGAUGGUGGAGGAGGAGCGGCACCGGGUCAGCUGCCCAGAGGAGGCAGACAUUUAUCGGGGCAUACGCUGGAGGAACACGGCUGA